CCACUGUUGUUGUUGUUGUUGUUGUUACUUGUUACUUGUUACUUGUUACUUGUUACAUUGUUAGUGUAACUACUGUUAGCCUUAUUGUUGUGCUGAGUGAUGUGCGUCGAGUUAUUGUGCUCUGGUGGAUCGAUGCUGCGAGGAGGGAUACGAGAAGGGUGAAGGUGUUCGUCCGACCGGAAUCGCACUCGUGAUACUUCAAAGGAAAAAAAAGACAUCGUUAAGAAAGAGGAUGGAGCCAUUAGUCGUUAACCCAUCCAUCUGAUGAAAAAAGUCCACAUAAUCCUCGGAAGAGCAAAGAAGAUCCAAAAACGAGGUGGCAAAGGACGAAGCCAAAGGGUGUGGACGACGAUAACCGGAUAAAACCUCGUGCUCGUGUGGGACGCGAAAAUCCGGCAAAACGACGAAGACGAGGCACUUUGGGCCACGAGACGAUAGUAGCCGCUCGGGUGAGGAGGUGAAGGAUGGCGAACACGGCGCAUCUGGUGCGCCGGCAGAGCUCGCGCGACCUCAAGCCCCAGAAGAGCGUCGACAAGCUCGAGAUGAAGGAGAUGCGCGGCCGGCUCGUCGUCGAGAGCCGCAAGAGCAACAUCACUGCCAAUUACGGGGCCACCAAUGCUGCCUUUGAGGACUCGAGCCCCAGUCACAACAAGAGCAAACUGGGUGGAGGCAGCGGCGGGGGUGCACCUUCGUCGGGGGCAUCGGCGGCAGCUGCCUCGGCUCUAUCUUCCGAAGUUGGCGACGGAGGUGGCGGGGGCAGUAAGUUGGGGAGCAACGAGGGCAAGGGGAUAUUCAAGCCCGAGGCUGGCGAGGACGAGCGCGAGAAUUGGGACAGCAAGCUGACCUUCCUCCUGGCCACCGUCGGUUACGCCGUGGGCCUCGGCAACGUUUGGCGCUUCCCUUACCUCGCCCAGAAAAACGGAGGGGGUGCUUUCUUAAUACCGUACUUCGUGAUGUUGGCGAUAGAAGGAAUUCCUAUAUUUUACCUUGAACUCGCCAUCGGACAAAGACUACGAAAGGGUGCAAUUGGGGUUUGGAAUCAGGUAUCCCCGUACAUGGCUGGAAUAGGUAUCAGUAGCGCUGUAGUAUCGUUCAACGUCGCACUCUACUACAAUACUAUUAUCGCGUGGUGCCUAUUUUACUUUGUUCAGAGUUUUCAGUCUGAGCUGCCUUGGGCAGAGUGUCCCAACAAAUAUUAUUCAAAUGGUUCUUAUGCACUUGAACCGGAGUGUUUGCAAAGUAGUCCAACGCAAUACUUUUGGUACAGGACAACCUUAAUGGUCUCGAAGGAUAUAAAUACACCCGAGGUCUUCAACUGGAAAAUUGCGUUGGCGUUGCUUAUUGCAUGGAUUCUCGUGUACAUGUGUAUGAUCAAAGGAAUAGCGUCGUCAGGAAAGGUUGUCUACGUUACAGCCACUUUUCCGUACAUCGUCCUUAUAAUUUUCUUCUUCCGAGGCGUAACGUUACCCGGGAUGUCCGAUGGUCUGCGCCAUCUUUUCACACCAAAAUGGUACACGUUAACAGAUCCUGUGGUCUGGUUGGAAGCUGGUACGCAAAUUUUUUUCUCCCUCGGGUUGGCUUUCGGUGGCCUCAUCGCCUUCUCGUCUUACAAUCCCGUCAAUAACAACUGUUAUCGCGAUGCAAUCAUGGUCAGUCUCACGAAUUGCUUUACAUCCAUGUUUGCAGGAAUCGUUGUUUUCUCCAUCAUAGGUUUCAAAGCAACAAUGGUCUACGAGCAGUGUCUAGCUGAAAAAAAUGCCACAUUGUUGAGUGUAUUCGGCAGUCCUGGAAAGAUACCAAGCCAUCUACCUCCCGGUGGAACGUUGCUCAACGUCACAAAUGGUAACGGCAGCUUAGGGAAUUUGAUAAUGCCGGAGCUACCGGAGUGCGAUUUGCAGAAAGAACUCGACAACGUAAGUAUAUCACUUUAAUCUCAUUUA